GUUCGAAAUUAGGGUUGGAGUUUUGAGGUUCCAUUGGAUAUAAUCCUCUCGGAAGUCGGAAGUUUCAGGGUUUGGUGAGGUGUUCCAAGAAUGUUCAAGCGAGAAGGCGAUCGAUACAUGAGUUUUGAGGGAUAUACUGAUAUUCGACUUAAACCAUUCCCAUAUGGGUCCUGUGCCGGCUUUGAUGAUGACUCUGCAUCGGAGGAGGAAUCUGAAACAUCCUUGCCCUCUUCACCAUCUGACACACCAACUUACAGCUUUCAUGAUCAUGAUGACUCUGAUUCGCCGCGCUAUUCACCACCAACACCGGGGAGACUGUGGGAACCUGAUCCAUUCUCCCGCACCGAGGACGGUCGUAUCCUCGUCCGUCUGGAUGACGAGAAGGAACCACCUCCGGGGGCAGACAUACCACUUUCGGAGAUACUCAAGUCCAGUGGUCACUUAGAAGAAUUGGAGCGUACCGUAAUGUUUUCUGGCCAUAUGUCAUUACUCGAUGCCCCUUUCGAGUUGAAAACAAGAAUUGAGUAUGAGGUUGACAAAGAAUUUUGCUUGAGCAUGAUUACAACGCAAUGCAGGUUAAAACCGCUGCAUCAAACUCCAAGCGACCUAUCAUAUGUCUUGCCAUCUGACUUUGACAAACUUGCCGUGGAUGAUUUAUUCAAUGGUCAUAUGCCAUGGAAGUUUCCUAACGAAAUGACAACGCGUCCUACUCCUAAGCAGCUUGAUAAGCAGAAAUACUACGUGAGAGUUUUGCAGAUGAAGAAAUCAGAGGUGGAAGAAAACAAGGAAUGGCUUCAUCUGUACGUGGAUCUCGCAUUGUUCUCCCAGUGGCAAUCUUUGACGCAAGUGGGGUGGGCAAAGCCACUUGAGCUUACAAGGGUAAUUGUGCAAACCAGAGAAGACGUGGAGCCGAAGGAUAAGGUCAAGGCCGAGAAUGCAAUCUUCUACAUUAUCUUCACAACAUGUCACCGUUUUCGAUUCUAUGCUAUCAUAAGGAGAACAACGGAUGGAACACCAGAGCAUAUGUCGCUUGAGUUCAAGUGGUUCUUGCGUAUUCAGAUGGCUUCUGUUCACGAACUACAGAGGAAGAUCGAUGAUUAUGAAAGAAAAAGAUUCCAAUACGAACGCAAGAUUGCUCGUCUUGAGAAUGAUCUUUUUGAGAAGGAUCAAGAGAUCAUUCGUGCAAAAUUCACGCUACUGCAGGCUCUGCCAGAACUAAAUACUCCGGAAAACGAUCCACUAGUUGACAAAUUAAGAGUCCCGGGACACCUAGAUCCAAUGAUGUUUCAAACGGCGUGCAUCAAACAUAACACACGAGAUCCUGCAAUGGGGAAUGACAGAGCAGUACUCGAGGCUGAAAUCCUGUGUAACGAAUGGAGAGGCAAGAUCAGUGAUGGGGUUUGGGAGCUUUACAUUACGGGUCCGGAUCAGGAAGAAGACGACUUGGUGCAAGUGGAGAUGCCAGAUCUUUUGGACCUCAAAGACAAAUAUGGUGAGGAGCUCUACAAUGCUAUUAAGGUAGCGUGGAUUGAGGCACAAGAAGGUAGAAGAAGAGACGUGCAGCUCAAGCCUUGGGACUAUGAAGCUGGAAGGGAACAAACAUUAUCAAACCUUCUUGUUCCACUCCAAGCGCGGAUCCAAUUUCUUAAGGAACAACCACUCAUCUGA